AUGUUCGACGACGAUCAAAACGUUGAUUCAAUCUUUGGGGUCUUUGACGGCCAAACCGCCAACAUCGACGAUUUCGACGACCACGUUUCUGAUGAAGAAGCAGCGACUACCAAUUCGACUACGAAGCGCCAAAGAGACGAGGAUUUGGAAGGAAAAGAAACGUCGAAACGACAUCGCCUUGAAGACGUCCAAGCGAUCGUUGCUGAUACGUUUGAGCAAGAGACUUCAAGAGAAGUUGCCAAUAUUGCUGGUUUACAGAAUGCCCCAGCUGCUGAAGGAGAACAGAUAACUCUGAGCCAUCAGGUUCGCCAUCAAGUUGCUGUUCCACCCAACUACAAUUAUGUCCCUAUUUCUCAGCAUGUUCCUCCCAAAGAUCCUGCACGUGUGUAUCCUUUUACGCUUGACCCAUUUCAGCGAGUCUCAGUCUCCUCCAUCGAGCGAAACGAAUCGGUUUUGGUUUCUGCUCACACCUCGGCUGGUAAAACGGUGGUAGCAGAAUAUGCCAUCGCUCAUUGUCUAAAGAACAAACAACGUGUCAUUUACACCUCUCCUAUCAAGGCAUUAUCGAACCAGAAGUAUCGAGAGUUUACCGAGGAGUUUGGUGAUGUUGGUUUGAUGACGGGUGAUGUUACUAUCAAUCCUCAAGCUUCCUGCCUUGUCAUGACAACCGAAAUUUUACGGUCGAUGCUGUAUCGAGGUUCAGAGAUUGUGCGUGAAGUAGCAUGGGUUGUAUAUGAUGAAAUCCAUUACAUGAGAGAUUCAGAACGUGGUGUUGUCUGGGAGGAAUCCAUUAUUCUACUUCCUCAUGCUGUCCGUUACGUCUUUUUAUCUGCGACUAUUCCCAAUGCUAUGGAGUUUGCAGAAUGGAUUUGUAAAAUCCAUGAGCAACCUUGUCAUGUCGUUUAUACCGAUUUCCGUCCGACUCCUUUGCAACACUACCUGUUCCCCGCUGGUGGCGAUGGUAUCCAUUUGGUUGUAGACGAGAAAAGCCGUUUCAAGGAAGAUAAUUUUCAGCGUGCGAUUGCGGCGUUAUCUGACAAGCAAGGCGAUGAUCCAUCCGGCAUAUCACGCAAAGGGAAAAAAGGAAAAGCGUACAAAGGUGGAGCGAAUGACGGGCCAUCUGAUAUAUAUCGUAUCAUCAAGAUGGUCAUGAUGAAGAACUAUCACCCGGUUAUCGUGUUCAGCUUCUCAAAGCGUGAAUGCGAGUCGAAUGCAAUGCAAAUGAGCAAAUUGGAUUUCAACGACGAGAAUGAACGAGAUAUGGUCAAUCAAGUGUUCAACAAUGCUAUCUCAUCCUUGAGUGAGGACGACAGACAGCUCAGUCAGAUACAACAGCUUUUACCGUUAUUACGUCGUGGUAUCGGCAUUCAUCAUGGUGGCCUGUUACCCAUCAUGAAGGAGACUAUCGAGGUCCUUUUCCAAGAAGGGUUGCUUAAGAUCCUUUUCGCCACUGAAACGUUCUCAAUCGGUCUAAAUAUGCCUGCUAAGACUGUUGUGUUCACGAGUGUUCGGAAAUACGAUGGAAAAUCCCAACGAUGGGUCUCCUCUGGUGAAUACAUUCAGAUGUCGGGCCGUGCUGGACGAAGAGGUUUGGACGAGCGUGGUGUCGUUAUUAUGAUGAUCGAUGAAAAAAUGGAACCAGCCGUUGCAAAAGGAAUGGUCAAGGGUGAAUCGGAUCGCAUGAAUUCUGCAUUUCAUCUCAGCUAUAACAUGGUGCUGAAUCUGUUGCGCGUGGAGGGCAUUAGUCCAGAGUUCAUGUUGGAGCGAUGCUUCUAUACUUUCCAAAACGAUGCUAACAUCCCACAAUAUCAGCGAGAAUUACUAUUAUUGGAGAAGGAGCGAGACGCUGUGAAGAUCGAACAAGAAGACGAGAUUCAAAGCUACUAUGAAAUUCGCAAACAACUGGAGAGUUACAAGCAGGAUGUGCGUGAUGUGGUGAACCAUCCUUCUUAUUGUUUGCCAUUUAUGCAGCCUGGUCGUUUAGUUCGCAUCAAGCAUCUUGACAUGGAUUUCGGCUGGGGAGCUGUAGUGAAUUACUCUCGAGCCAAGUCGCACAACAAUCGAAAUGAUACAGAUCCUGCUCCGCCUAAGUAUAUCCUCGAUGUCCUUCUUUACUGUGACAAAAGCAGUACGUUGUCCAAGGAUGCUGAGGGAAGGACUAUUGGCGUGACUCCAGCGUCACCUGAUGCUGAUGGAACCCCACUGGUUGUGCCAGUAGCAUUGUCGGCCAUUGAGGGUAUAAGUCAUGUGCGCUUGGUGCUUCCAAAGGAAUUACGAAGCUCGGAUGCUCGUAAAUCCAUUUACAGAUCGAUAUUACAAGUCAAGAAGAAGUUCCCUGAUGUGCCACUGCUGGAUCCCGUUGAGAACAUGAACAUCAAAGAUACGGCUUUUCAAAAACUAGUUGCUAAAAUUUCAGCACUAGAAAAGAAACUUCAAACACAUCCUUUACAUGAUACACCGGAGCUUCCUGCCCUUUACGACACCUACUCCACCAAGAUGGAUCUCAUCAACAAAUGUAAAGCCAUGAAACGUAAAAUUGUGGAGGCCCAAUCAAUUGUGCAACUGGAUGAACUCAAAGCUCGGAAGCGAGUGAUGCGAAGGCUCGGAUUCACGUCUUCCUCAGAUGUUGUUGAGAUGAAAGGUCGUGUAGCAUGCGAAAUCAGUACAGGAGACGAGCUACUGUUGACGGAGAUGGUUUUUCAAAACGUUUUCAAUGACCUAACUGUGGAACAGACAGUAUCACUGCUCAGCUGCUUUGUGUUUGAUGAACGUGUGGAGAAUGCAGCACGCAUGCAAGAAGAAUUAUCAGGGCCAUUACGACUCAUGCAAGAGACAGCUCGACGCAUUGCAAAGGUGGCGAAAGAAUGCAAGAUGAACAUUGAUGAAGAAGAGUAUGUGAAAAAGUUCAAACCUGAAUUGAUGGAUGUCGUAUAUGCAUGGUGUCAAGGCGCAAAGUUUUCCCAAAUAUGCAAAAUGACCGAGGUGUAUGAAGGUUCGUUGAUUCGUAUCUUUCGGCGACUCGAGGAGCUGUUGAGGCAAAUGUGUUCUGCUGCAAGAAGUAUCGGUAACACUGAUCUGGAGAACAAAUUUUCGGAAGGCAUCAACAAGAUCCAUAGAGAUAUCAUUUUCGCUGCAUCGCUGUAUCUGUAA